AUAGAGGGGGGGCAGCGGUGGCGGGAGCGCGCUCGGCGUUGGUAUCCCCAUGGAGCUGCUGAAGAAAUGGCUGGGCCACCCCGAGGACAUCUACAACCUGCUGCGGUUCAAGAUGGGCGGCUACCGCGCCGUCAUGCCCAGGGUCGACCCGGACUCGCUGGAAUGUGGGCUCCGCACCUGCUAUCGGUACCUCAACCAGACCAGCCGCAGCUUCGCCGCCGUCAUCCAGGCGCUGGACGGAGAGCUGCGACAUGCCGUCUGUAUAUUCUACCUAGUUCUCCGUGCCCUGGACACUAUAGAGGAUGACAUGACCAUCAGCUUAGAUGUGAAGGUCCCAAUGCUGCACGAGUUUCACUCCUAUCUCUACCAACCAGAGUGGAAAUACAUGGACAGCAAGGAGAAGGACCGGCAGGUGCUUGAAGACUUCCCAACGAUCUCCAUGGAGUUCAGGAACCUGUCAAAGGUCUACCGGGAUGUGAUCUCGGAUAUUUGCCACAAAAUGGGCGUUGGGAUGGCAGAGUUCUUAGAGAAGAAGGUGGACUCUCAGCACGAGUGGGAUAAGUAUUGUCACUACGUUGCUGGGCUGGUGGGGAUCGGCCUUUCCCGUCUCUUCUCUGCAUCAGAGCUAGAAGAUGCUAUUGUUGGACAGGACACAGAGCUGGCGAACUCCAUGGGCCUCUUCCUGCAGAAAACCAACAUCAUCCGGGACUAUCUGGAAGACCAGAUGGAGGGAAGGGAGUUCUGGCCUAGAGAGGUUUGGAGCAGAUAUGCAAAGAAGCUCUCGGAUCUUGCCAAACCAGAGAACAUCGAUAUGGCUGUCCAGUGUCUGAAUGAGCUCAUCACCAACGCCCUCCACCACGUCCCUGAUGUCCUCACGUACUUAUCCCGCCUGAAAAACCAAACUGUCUUCAACUUCUGCGCCAUCCCCCAGGUGAUGGCUAUUGCCACAUUGGCUGCCUGCUAUAACAACAAGCAAGUGUUCAGGGGUGUAGUGAAGAUACGAAAGGGACAAGCCGUCACUCUCAUGAUGGAUGCCACAAACAUACAAGCUGUCAAAGGCAUCAUGUACCAGUACGUGGAAGAGAUCUACCAGAAGAUCCCAAGCACAGACCCAUCAUCCAACAAGACGCAGCAGAUCAUCGCCUCCAUCCGCUCCAUGAGCUCACCCAGGGGCCCCAUGGCCUCGCGCCACCACUAUUCCCCCAUCUACCUGUCGUGCGCCAUGCUCCUGGCUGCGCUGAGCUGGCAGUACCUCAGCACCAUCUCCAAGGCCACCGAGGACUACGUCCAGGCGGGAGAGAACUGAUGGGCAGAGGCAGGCGGGGGGAAGAGAUGGUCGGACAUGGGCAGCGGAGGUAGGAGGCUCCUUAUCCCCUGCUGGUGGGGAUGGCCAGGCAUCGGGGUGCCAUGGGGCCUGGAUGGUGAUAAGGACAGGACACCGGUGAGCUGUGGCCCAGGGCAGUGGUGCAGCGUUGCCAGGCUCCGCUCCUCACCGCCCUUGCUGUCUGCUUGGAUGGUUACAAGCACUAAUCGGAGUCCUGCUGUUUGGGGUUGAAGAUUUUUUUCCCUUCUUUCCUGUUGGAUGGUUUCCCUGAAUCUUUUUUAUUUUUGGUUAGGAUGGUUUUAAGUAGAAAAUCCAGUUGCCUC